GAGACUGCCAGACUAGUCGGUUCUCCCGAGCGUCAGAUCUCUGAGAAUGCGCUUGUCCAAAUCCCUGGCUGACAUGGAGAUGGCAGACUACAGCGAGGCCCUGGACCCUGCGUACACCACGCUGGAGUUUGAGAACAUGCAAGUGCUCGCCAUGGGCACAGACUCCUCGCCGGUUGAAAGCGCCAACAUGAACACCGCUAACCACCUGGGGCCGGCGACGCUGUGCGCCAUCUGCGGGGACCGGGCCACGGGGAAGCACUACGGCGCGUCCAGCUGCGACGGCUGCAAGGGCUUCUUCCGCCGCAGCGUCCGCAAAAACCACAUGUACUCCUGCAGGUUCAACAGACAGUGCAUAGUUGACAAAGACAAGCGGAAUCAGUGUCGGUACUGCAGACUGAAGAAGUGCUUCAGAGCAGGCAUGAAAAAAGAAGCCGUACAGAACGAGAGGGACAGAAUCAGCACCAGGAGAUCCAGUUAUGAGGACAGCAGUUUACCCUCCAUCAACGCACUCAUCCAGGCAGACGUGCUGUCCAGACAGAUUUCCUCUCCGCAUCCUGUCCUGAACGGAGACAUCAGGGCGAAGAAAAUGGCCACCAUUACGGAUGUGUGCGAGUCCAUGAAGCAGCAGCUGCUGGUGCUGGUGGAAUGGGCCAAAUACAUCCCGGCCUUCUGCGACCUCGCCCUGGACGACCAGGUGGCUUUGCUGCGAGCUCACGCAGGCGAACACCUUCUUCUAGGAGCUGCCAAAAGGUCCAUGCUGUACAAAGACCUGUUGCUGUUAGGAAAUGACUACGUUAUUCCCCGUAACUGCCCUGAGCUGGAGGUGAGCCGGGUGGCGGUGAGGAUCCUGGACGAGCUGGUGCUGCCCUUUCAGGACCUCCAGAUAGAUGACAAUGAAUAUGCCUGCUUGAAGGCCAUUGUGUUCUUUGACCCAGAUGCCAAAGGCCUCAGUGACGCUGGGAAGAUCAAGCGGAUGCGCUACCAGGUGCAGGUGAGCCUGGAGGACUACAUCAACGACCGGCAGUACGACUCGCGCGGGCGCUUCGGCGAGCUCCUCCUCCUGCUGCCCACGCUGCAGAGCAUCACCUGGCAGAUGAUCGAGCAGAUCCAGUUCGUCAAGCUCUUCGGCAUGGCCAAGAUCGACAACCUGCUGCAGGAGAUGCUGCUGGGAGGUUCUGCGAACGAGACGCCUCACGCACCCCACUCUCUGCACCCGCACCUGGUCCAGGAGCACCUGAGCAACAAUGUCAUCGUGGCCAGCGGCAUACCGGCUCCCAUCCACAACGGCCAGAUCUCUGCUCCUGACACCCCGAUCCCAUCACCGCCGGCAACCGCCAGCUCGGAACACUACAAGCUGGCCCAGGGUGUGAUUGCCACGGUACCCAAACAGCCAAAUGCCAUCCCGCAACCUGCCAUCACAAAGCAAGAGGCCAUGUAACACCCUCCCAUGAUCCUAAGCGCCCACCCCCCCACACACACACAAAACAAUUCUCCACAAAAAAUAUCUCAUGUUCUAUGCCCCGCAAUCCAGAAUACCGCCCCAUUCCUCACAAAACCACAACCCCAACAGAAACCACACCUGGUACCCUGCCUCCACCACCCCAGGGUUCAAAUUAUGGGGGGGAUUGGCGGGGUCUGACCCCCCUAAUUAAGACUUGGACCCCCCCCCCCCCCCAAAAGAGGUAAAAACAACAGGUCGGGUGUGUCCAAACAUUUAUAUAUCCUUCUUACCUGUAAUCGUAAAUAUUACGAUAUAUUUCCCAUCAGUGGCGUCACUAGGGUUGGUGUCUAGUGAUGCCACUGAUGGGAAGUAUAUUGUAAUAUUUAUGAUUGCAGGUAAAAAGGGUAUAUAAAUGUUUUGACACCCCGACCUGUUGUUUUUACCUCUUCUGGGGGGUCCAAGUCUUAAUUAGGGGGGUCAGACCCCCCCAAUUCGAACCCUGCCCCACCCCUCAUCAACCGCAGAACACCCCCACUUUCCAAAUAAACCCACAAGCCCAUCAGAAACACCACUCGGCCUCUGAAUUCAUUACUUAACUUCCAUCCUUUAGCUGAGGCAGGAAGUGUUGUGGUAUGCAACUGUAUACGCGUCAGAAAUGCAGAUCUUGUACAGGAAACAGACGGACAAGAGAGAAAGAGAGAAAAACUGAAAUAGCUAUAUUUAUAAGUUAUCAUUUAAAUAGAUUUUUUUCUUUAAUAGUCCAUUGUUGUUUAGGUUUUUUUGUCACAGGUCUAUUUUAAAAAUAAAUAUUUUCUGGGUGACUGUAGAGUUCAAAGUUCGGCAGGGGCUGAGUUACUUGGCAGUGCUUAUCUCUAAAGUGUUGGCAGUCUAAUUAUCUCUCAGAGAUGAGGAGGCAGCCAUUAAAACUGUGUAAUCCAUGUCUUCAGUCCUGGCUAUCGCUCAGGAGAGCAUGAUAUCAGACAGUAAAUUCUACACGAGGUUAUCAGUUUAAACACCUGACCUCAUUUAUGAGGAAUGUGACACAUUUCUUAUUUUCCAUUGGCAUAUACUGUAUAUUUCACUCCUUUGUUUGUGAAGACUUGCCGUCAAACUGUAUCUUGCUUAAUCACUUUCAAAAUUGACUAGUGUUACAAGUAGAGAGAAUCUUUUGUUUGAGUCCCUCUGUUUGUGUUAUCGUACAGUGUUUUUGGCAUUUAAAUCUCCAUCAAGGGUAUGAAAUCUUACUCAUAGAAUAUGACAGUAUUUUGUAGCCACUAUAAAAUAUGUUGCUAAAACACACAGCAUGCAUUGCAAAUGUCCUGUUAUUUGUUAGUGCUGUUCUUAAAUGACAAUGAUACAUCUUGGUUGCCUUUUUUAAAUGCACCCUAAACAUUACUUUGUCCCAGAAUUCAUUUCUUCUCUUCUUGAGGUUUGACAAAGUGUUUUCAUCCUAUCCUCAAGUUUUUCUUUUUAAAUCUGUGAAUGUAUUUACCUUAACCCACACACCAUAAACAUGUCAAUGUAAAAUGUUUUCUAUCUGCAGUUAUGUAAUGCAUUUAGUACCUAAAUAUAGUAUGUGAAAGAAAGUUCUAUAUUACAAAUAAUAGUAUAUUCUGCAUUGUAUACUUGCAAGCAAUCUUAGUGUUCUAAGAACCAACAACAGUUCAGUCAGUGUAAAUUUGCUCUUCUGUGUCUCCAAACAUUGGGCCUCAUUCGCAAAACUUUUGUUAAAUUAUUCUUACUUUUGUUCUUAAAAAUGUUCCUUCGAAAAACCAAUAUGGGAUUCAUGACACAUAUGCAGACCUUUGUUUUUGUGCAUUUGCCAGGUGUAUGAGAUGUUGAAUGCUCACAAUCCAGUUAAUGUGAUUAGCUCACGGAAACAGCCAUGAACAAGUACAGAUAAGAAAUGUUCAUGGAAACGUUCUUGCAUACAGUUUACAAUCAAAUGUGAUCUUACACAUGUUUAGUGAAUGAGGCACAUUGACUGCAAAUAAAUAAUCUUUUUGUUGUAAGAAUAACACAAUCUUACCUACAACUCAUCUUAAACCAACAAAGAGUCAAAGAGUAUAGCUUCAAGGUUUUUACAUGUAAAUGUGUUCGGGUAAUUCAGAAGACAAAGUUUUUUGUUUUAUUUUGUUUGUAUGUAGAAUAUUAUUGCCCAUAGGUUAUGACUGUUGGAUGGCCUGAAAAACUGCCACACAUGUUCAACACUGCCUUCACCGAAAAAUUAUGGAUUGUUUGCAACUAUCGACAUGAAACUGAAUAAAUAUUCAGGUUUUAUUUUUA